AUGGUCUCCAUUCAGCCGGGGUCGCAGCAAGACCUCCAAAUUGGAAGUUAUGUAAUAUUUGGGGUUGCCAUGAUCAUGAUUGGCAUGAGGUUAUAUGCGAGGCAGUUCUUGCUGGGCAAGCUGGGGUCUGACGACAUCCUGAUUAUUCUAGCUUCGCUUGCAUCGAUCGGCGAGUUGGUAACUGUGCCGAAAAUGUAUGAAUGCGGGAUUGGCCGCCACCUUAUGGAAUUGACACUGAAAGAACAGGAGUGUACGCGAAAGUGGGCGUGGAUAUCGCAGGUUCUCUACUUUCUCAGUCUCGGGUACUCUUACAUAUCGCGACACAAUGCACAACCUCAACUUUUGGGCCCGGCUAACGUUAACAUGAACCGAAUAUUUAGACUAGCGAAAGGUAGCAUGGUCGCCUUGUAUGUACGAUUAGCUUCCAAUAAAACCCAUAUUAGGUUUCUCUACGGGGUUGGAGCGGUUAUACUUAGCCAUGGAAUUGCGGCGACUCUUGUGGCAUCCUUUAUCUGUGAGCCUAUAUCCGUUUUAUGGGGACCCGAAUUCCCCCAAGGCUGUCUCGACUUGAUGAGUUUCAAUUACUUCAACGGUGCAUUCCAUGUUACGACGGAUAUCCUACUGGCGCUCCUUCCCAUCCCCAUCGUGAAGAAACUGCAAACAAAUAAUCGCCGCAAGAUCGGCCUGAUAAUCGCCUUCGGCAUCGGUAUCCUAACGAUUUGUGCAUCGAUCGCAAGACAGGUUACGCAAGUGAUCGCCUUGAGAUCAAGAGACUUUCAAUGGAACUGGUCCGCCGCCGAACUCACCACCUGCCUCGAGAUAAACAUGUCCCUUAUCUGUGCCUCGGUCCCGGCAAUGCGAUCCCUGUUCAAAGUCUACUUUGGCAGCACCGGCCUCACGAAUAGGCGCGCCUACGAACACGAACUCAAUGAUCGAUACACACAUGGAAGCGGUGCGCGGAAGGCCUUUAAUGACUUUAGCAAUGUGGAGGAAACUCAAAGACAAACGAGGACGAAUACCAUUACCAGCAGAUCAAGGUCGAUGGACAGUUUUUCGGCGACUAUGUACGGGGCUAAAGAUGGAGUGGUUCAGACUACGGAGUUUCGGGUUUCGUAUGGGAAUCGGGCGUCUUUGUGUUAA